UAACCGGAAGAUAAUGUUUUGUUUUACACGUGUAAUUUUGUUUGUAAAUACGCAUUUACUAAAUACAUUUUAGUGAUUGCGGUGAUGUCAUUCAAAUAUCUGUCAAAUUUAAAUAGUGGGAUAUAUAGACAGAUUGUUUUUUGUACCUAAAAACAAGUUCCGUUCAUUUUGUACGUUUCUACAGUUAUUUUUCAAAUUUGAAAUUAUUUUAGUUUUAAUUUGGUGACAGAUUGGCAUGAUUGUAAGUUACCAUAACUUUCUGACAGAUUUUAAGUACACCAGCUAACACAGAUGUGGGUACAUCGGCGUCGAGGUGGACCUCUGGGUCUGCUGCUGCUGGGAGGUCAGAUCAUGAAUGUCGGCGUGUACAACAUCCCACCGGUGACGUUGACUCUGAUCGCCGCGCAGGUUGUCAUCUACAUCAAGCUGAUUGAACACGUGUUACAGUACUUUCCGUCGGCCAACGCCGUCUGUAUCAGCACCUACCUGCUGUACUACCACAGUCAGUGGAAGAGGCUGUUCCUGUCCCCGUUCUACCACGCCGACGACAUGCACCUCUACUUCAACAUGGUGUCGCUGCUGUGGAAGGGCAUGAUGCUGGAGAAGAUGUUCCGCAGCACGUAUUUCGCCUUUCUCGUGGCGGUGUUCACGGUGGCCACCGGGAUGGUGUACGUCAUUCUCAGCAUGUUGAUGGAUGGGCUGAUGGAUGAUCACAGAUACAGCACGUCGUGCGCCAUUGGAUUUUCAGGUGUUCUGUUUGCCAUGAAGGUGCUCACCACACAUUACACGCCGUCGGGUCUGCACUACGCAUUUGGUUUUAUCCCCGUCCCCUCACGCUGGAUCUAUUGGGUGGAGCUGAUCUUAAUAUCCAUGGUGUAUCCAAAUGCCUCAUUCAUCGGUCAUCUAUCCGGUAUACUUGUGGGUUUGUUAUACGUCCAUGGACCACUCAAACUUAUGAUGGACUCGAUUCUGUUACCAGGGCCGAGUCGCACACAGACCACGACAUAUUAUUACAGACAGCAGUACACCCCUCGCACUAUUAACGUUAGCUUCAAUAAUGCACAACAUUCCUCCGACGGUCAAGGAAUGAGUGAAGACGAGCAAAUUGCCAGGGCAACAGAAAAUAGCCUCAGAGACACAGGUCAAACAUCCCAGUCGCAGACAUCACAGUCACGGACAUCCCAGUCAGGGCUGUAUCCUGAUUUGGAAGAAUUGAGACAAAGAAGAUUGAAUCGUUAUAACUGACUGUGUUGCUUCAUCGGUCCACUUAGUUACCAGUCAUUUUCAUUACCAAAUCCAGAGUAUGACAAAUAUUUU